AUGGCGGAGUACAAGUUGGCAGUGGAUUCCAGCAAGAAGGCCACGGAGCUGCCGCUACUGAGGGUCUGUGGCACUGUGCAGCAGAAUCCUCACAUGCGAGCUUUCUGGGCUAGCACAAUAUCUUUCUUCCUUGCCUUCCUGGGCUGGUUCGCCUUGGCGCCUUUGGGCCUCGAAGUUGCGACCAGCAUGGGGACAUGCGAGAACCAGCUCUUCCCUCCCACAGACUUCCCAACACGACCAGCUUACUUGAAGUUCAAGAACUUGAAGAGUGGGCUGAGCUAUUGCCAGUAUGGGGUCCUCAAGGAGGACGGCAAGCUGAUCGAUUGCAAAGACGUCCCCGCAGAUGCGGUGAGCGCUGAGGAGAAGGAGAAGUACAGGCCCCAGGUGCUGGCAAAGUGCGUGUGCACACCAGGCACGGAGUGCAAGUCGGUGAUUGCGAACGCGGGCGUGGCCUCGGUUGCCUCUACCAUCUUCGUGAGGAUAGCCUUGGGGACGCUCCUAGAGCGCUUUGGCCCCGUGAACGUUCAGUGCGGCUUGAUGUCCUUCGGCGCCUUCUGGGUGGCCAUGGCGGCCGCGAUUACAGCUCCCUGGAACUACACGCUGAUCCGCUUCUUCAUAGGCUGCGCUGGCGCCACUUUCGUGACCAAUCAGUUCUGGUGCUCGCUGAUGUUUGCCCCGAACGUUGUUGGUACCGCCAACGCCACUGCGGCCGGUUGGGGCAACCUGGGAGGCGGCGUGACCCAGAUUUUUAUGAUGUCAGUACUUUUCAACCCUAUGGUGGCCUCCGGGAUGGAGCCGAAUGUGGCUUGGCGUGUCUCCAUGGUGGUGCCAGCGGUCAUGUUCGUGCUUUGCGCCAUCUGCAUGAAGCUCAUGUGCUGGGAUAUGCCUACGGCACGCAACUACGAUCCGACUGUGACCGGCAAGACACAGAAGCCGUCGAUGUGGGACUAUGUCGAGGUGCUGCGCGAUGUUCGAGUCGUGGUCAUGAUCUUCCAAUAUUCCGCAUGUUUCGGCACCGAACUCGCAAUGAACAAUCAGUUGGCUACGCAUUUUCGGACGUACUUCCAGAUGGAUGCAGGUGAUGCCAGCGCCCUAGCGGGUGCUUUCGGCUUGAUGAACCUCUUCGCAAGAUCGCUUGGAGGCAUCAGCAGCGAUAUUUGCUUCAAGUACUUCGGCUUCCGUGGCCGCAUUUGGGCUCAGUUCCUGGCACUCUUCUUCGAAGCUAUCUUCCUGUUCAGCUUCGGAAAGGUGGACAAUUCGCAGCCUUGGUACGUGGCUUUGGCAGUUUUGGUUUGCUUCUCGCUCUUCGUGCAGAUGGCUGAGGGCACCUCCUACGGCAUCGUGCCCUUCAUGAACAGGAAGCAGCUCGCAGUGGUAUCCGCACUUGUGGGUGCGGGUGGCAACCUCGGGGCGGCUGAUUCCGAGAGAUUGAUCAUGUCGCUAUCGUCCCAGAUGAGGAUUGCAGGCUUCUGCUUCUACAAGCCGAUCCAGGAUGCCCUGCUGCCUUUCCAGGUCCAUGCGGGCUAUGUCAUGUUUUGGGCAUUGCUGAGCCCCUGCUACUACUGGUCCGAGAUGGGUGGAAUGUUCCAUGGACCGGCACAGAGCGUCGAGAAGGGCAAGACCAGCGGCGACUACGAGUCUCACACGGAGUCCGAGGCCAUGAGGCGGGAGUGCCAUGUGAGAACAGCCGACCCUUUCACAGGUGCAGAGUUCGUGGCUUUGAACUUGGCCAAGGACCUCGGCACGAGCUUCCAAGGCCGAGAACAGGGCGGUCGACGUGGAGCAAAGGCGGCUAUGCUUGCAGGGUUCCAGAGGACCCAGCACGGCUUCCUGCAGUAUGCCCAAAGAUUGAGCGACAAUUCCGCGAAGCUGUGGCUGUCAGCAGAAACGAGUGCCUGCUGCGUGUUGGUAUUCGGCCCCGACAAGAACAGCAUGGCUGCAGCGGUGCUCGGCGACGCAGGGGCCGGCGGCCGGGGCUUGGUCGUGGCUCGGGACGGCCAAAUCACUUCACGUCUAGGUGCUGCCGGGCCUAGCGGCGAGGAGAAGCCUGCACAGGACAGCUUGAAGGUCUUCGAGCACGGCCUGAAAGGUCCGUCCAUCAACUUCCCCUCCAUGCCAGGGGCACGUGGGCCUGCGCCUAAAGGCUUCGGCACCCAUGCCUACAGCGAAAAGGGUGGGUCGGCUGCUGGCCUGGCAGUGACGCUGGAUGUCUGUCAGCUGGACUGGGCAAACGAUGCUCUCAUUAUACUGGCAUCCGAAUCCUUCUGGGCGAUUGCAGACGAAGAGAAGGCUGCCAAGUCCGCCCUCGCAGCUGUUGUCGCGCAUCAAUCUCCGGAGCAGGCGCUGAUGCAGGAUGUUCAGGCCGCGCGGCGUGGUGCAAAAGCAGAUGAUUUGGCGAUAACUGUCCUGCGCUUCACGUGGGUGGACCUCACUGACGGUGGCAAGGCAAGCGACGAGGUCAUCCCCCGCCCAGCCAAGCGGAGGCGCAAGAACCCAAAGGCAAGGGUCGUCCAGGAGGUCGACGACAUCUUUGCGCAGCCCGGGGAUGGCGAGGGCCAGGAAGUGUCCGAAGAGGACGAAGAAGAGGAAGAGGAUGACUCAGAAGAGGAGGCCAGAGGUGCCGCUACGUCCACCGAGUGCAUGAAUGUGGGAUCCGGUGGUGAGCCGGAGGAGGCGGAUCCACAACCCGCAGCAGAGGAUGGUGCAUCCCAUGUGGACGCUGCACCAGCGCCCGAGGUCACUCACGAUGCGAUGGACGACAUCUUUUCCGAGUUCUGCACCGAAAUUGAGAAGCUGCAUUGA